UCCCGCUCAGACCGGAGUUUCCUCCCAGACCUCCCAGUCUCACCCACAGCCUCCCCGGACCGCACCGGCUCUUUCGCCGGGACCGACGCCUCUGACAGCCCAGCAGGGACCCGGGCUGGCCCGAAAGGGUUCUGGAAGCGACCCAAACCCGAGAUGGACUCCUCUCCUCUACUGCUGCUGUAGGUCAGGGAUGGCCAAAGCGUAUGCGGCUGGCGGAGGGGACGAAUCCUUAUCCAGACUCCGUGGUUGUCAUGGCUUCACUGGAUGGAAGCACGCCGGUUGAGACGCUUCUGGCCGCGAUCCAUCUGGAGAGGUACCUGGACUCCUUUAAGAGAGCCAGUUUGUUGUUGGCUAGAGACUUCACGCACCUGGACCAUGACGCCUUGAUCAGUCUGGGUGUAACGGCCACAGGACACAGGAAGAGGAUCCUGCGUCUGGUCCACCUCAUCCAGAGACAGAAGACGGAUAACCCACGUGGUCGCUGUCAGUCCAUGACGGAGUCGGGCUGGUCCACCACGGCUUCACGAAACUCAGCCGGACUGAGCAAAAGUUCAACACCGGACCUUUCCUCCAUGUCAGACGACCCUGACACCAGCAGACAGCCGGUGAAGCCGGUUCCCAAGCCCAGGACUGUUUUCAACCGCAGCAGGACUGUGCCGGUCAACUUUUGCCCGUCACCGGACCCUGCCCCGCCCCCAGACAAGAGACAGUCCCAAGAGUCAAUUUGCCUCACCGUGUUGGAGGACGUGAGCUCAGACACGCCCACAGCUGAGAACAGCCAAGCCUCUGAGGCCACACCCAACCACAGCCAGAGACAAAGGCAGGCGGGCAGGACCCGGCCCAGCCGCAGCCUCUCUCUGUGUGACAGUCUUGGGUCACUGCCCCCCGUUCCCCCUCGGCUGAACCGCAGGGCUGUGGUCUCCAUGUCUCCACCCUCUUCGUCCCCCUCUUCCUCCUCACCUGUGCGCUCGGAUCAGAGACCGGUGUUGUCCUCUCAGUCGUUUCGUUCUGACAGUCUGGACAGUAGCAGACUCUCUGGAUCUCCACCUUCAGGUUCUCCCCGAGGACCGGGGGUGGAGAUGGUGUCUAAUGAAAUUUACUGGGGCUCCUCACCUGUCUCUACUGCCCCCAAUGGAGGGAGGCGUUACUGCAGCCAACAGUCAGCUCCGCCGACUCCACCCAGAAAUACACCAGAGAGGAACCGCAAAGACAGGGCCAGCACUUUAAGCAACAACUCCUCAGGAUCAGCCAGAGCCUCAACAGAUGACCCCGAUGAGGAGAUCAGUCCGUACUGCGAGACUGUUUACCAAUCCAGGCGACCUCCACACAACAGCGAGAAUGAGAGGAGCAGAGGGGAUGAACGAGAGAUGAAGAUGGAUGAGAGAGGCACGCAGAGGCACACAGAGGAUCAUGGGACUCACAAAUUGUCCUGGACGAAGCGUUUGUCGCAGGCAUUUCACUCCGGAGACUCUCAGGGUUACAGCACUGUAGGUGAAGCUCCGCUCCCCCCCAGCUGCCUCUCCUUGCCUGCCUCCACCUUCGCCGACGCUGACGAAGACUUGACCAUCUCCCCCUACGCCAGCUACACCUCCCUCUCCGAGAGAGCCCCGCCUAUUCUCACCGGCUGGCUGGACAAGCUGUCUCCACAAGGGGGUCGGAGGUCAGUCCCCGCUGCUCUGAUGUGUCUGCUCCUUUCUGCUCCUCCCUGUGUCUCCUCUCUCGCGAGGAGCUGCCUCUGUCUCGUCACCUUCAUCUCCCGCUCCUCCUCCCGCUCUUCCUCUCGGAACUACGUUUUCCAGAAACGCUUUGUGAAGUUUGAUGGAAAAAACCUGAUGUACUUUGGCAGCGAGAAGGACAUCUACCCCAGAGGAGUAAUCCCGUUGGCUGUCAUUCAGAUGGCCCGUCUGGCCAAAGACAACAAGUUUGAGAUUGUGACGAGUAACAGGAUCUUCGUCUUUAGGACUGAUAACGAAGUCCUGAGGCGGCGCUGGGUGACCACGCUGCAGGAACACAUAAGGGAUCAGCUGGUGUUUGGUCGGCGCCGUUUUGGUCCCGGAUCUCACUGCCAGAAACACGGAGUCCUGGAAUUGAAAGGAACCAAGUCCAAAGUGUACACAGCCAUCAGCACGGACCAGAUCUGGCUGCACAAGAGCGAACAGUGUUUUCGUAAUGGAAUCGGCAUCACGGUGAUCGAAGCUCGAGGAGCAACCAUCCGAGACGGGAAGCACAGAAGCUUUGACCUCAUCACUCCCUACAAGAGCUUCAGCUUCACUGCUGAGUCAGAACGGGACAAGCGGGACUGGAUGGAGGCGCUCCAGGAGGCGAUUGCAGAGACUCUGUCAGAUUAUGAGGUAGCUGAGAAGAUCUGGUCCAACAGAUCCAACAGGAUGUGUGCUGACUGCAAGGCUGUGAACCCGGACUGGGCCUCCAUCAACCUGUGUGUUGUCAUCUGCAAGAACUGUGCAGGACAGCACAGAAGUUUGGGGUCAAUGGUCUCUAAAGUGCAGAGUCUGAAACUCGACACCAGCGUGUGGAGCAACGAGAUCGUCCAGCUCUUCAUCAUGGUGGGAAAUGACCGUGCCAAUGAUUUCUGGGCCGCCCAUCUGUCUCAGUCUGAGGAACUGGACUGUGACGCCUCACCUGAGCAGCGAAAGGACUUUAUCACCCAGAAGUACAAAGAAGGCCGCUUCCGGCUCGCCCACCCGGCGUUCAGCACCCACGAGGAGCUGCUCAAGGCCCUGUGCACUGCGCUGUCCGAACAAACACUCCUCAAGACCGUCACUCAGAUAUUUCUGGAGGCGGAGUCUGCACGCCUCACCGGUGACAGCCGCCGCCAGCACGAUGCGCCUCAGGGUUAUAGCCCCUCGACAGAUCCUGGGGUGUAUGACGAGAUCAUGCAGUCCGUUCUCCACUCUGGAUUUCUCUACAAGUGCAGCAGCGUCAGCAGAGGAACGAUUUCCAGGAAAAACAGAGAAGACUUUCAGAAGUUCUGGUGUGUAGUGGAUCAGUACCUGCUUCUCUACGAGUCGGAACAGUCUUCAGAACCAAGUCUGCAGAUCAACCUGAAGGACAUGGUGUGUCUGGGAGUCUGUCGGCCCGACUCGUCCAGCAACAGCGGCUUCAUUGAUAGGUUUCGUUACACCUUCGAGUUGUACCUGACCUCAGAGAAACUUUACCAGUUCGGCUUGGAGACGGCUGAGUCGCUACACAGCUGGACCAAAGCCAUAGGAAAGGCUGCCACUCCGCUCAGCUGCCACUGCUUGCUCACUCGGGAGUUUGAGCGAGUCGGGCUCCUGCGGUACCGAGCCAUGCUGGACCCUCAGCAGUGGAAAGACGCGUACUUUGUUCUGCAGAAGUCUAACCUCUUCAUCUGCCCUCGAAAUGAUGGAGCAGCAGAGGACAUCAUCAACCUGAAACGUCUGCAGGAGCUGAGUGUUGCCUCAGAGAAUGAUAAUCAGGAGAAGAAAGACAUCCUGGUUUUGGUGGAAAAGGGCAGGACUCUCCACCUGCAUGCUAUUGGACGGAUGGAUUUCUCGCUGUGGUACUCAGACAUCCAGCGAGCAGCUGGUGGACGAGGAAACACUCUGAGGGAGCAGCAGAUGAGCAGAAACGACAUCCCCAUCAUUGUGGACAGCUGCAUUGCCUUCAUCACGCAGUACGGGUUGGGCCAUGAGGGGAUCUACAGGAAGAAUGGUGCCAAAACCAGGAUCCGGCUGCUGAUGGAAGAGUUCCGGAAAGACGCUCGAAAUGUCAAACUGCGCAUCGGAGACCACUUCAUUGAGGAUGUGACCGAUGUUCUCAAGAGGUUCUUCAGAGAGAUCGAUGACCCCAUCUUUAUGGCAGAGCUGCACGCUUUCUGGCAGGAAGCUGCGAAAAUCCCUCAAAAGCGCCAGCGGUUGGAACGUUACAAAGAAAUCAUCCGAAGUCUUCCUCGAGUAAACCAGACAACUCUGGCAGCUCUCAUUGGUCACCUGUACAGGGUCCAGAAGUGUGCCGACCUGAACCAGAUGUGCACCAAGAACCUGUCGCUGCUGUUUGCUCCCAGCUUGUUCCAGACUGACGGGAAAGGGGAACAUGAGGUGAAGAUCGUGGAGGAUCUGAUUGACAACUACCUGUUCGUCUUUGAUAUCGAUGAGGAGCAUCAGACCCAGAUUGAGCUGGAGAUCAGUCUCAUCACCACCUGGAAGGACACUCAGCUGUCUCAGGCUGGAGACCUGAUCAUUGAGGUCUAUCUGGAGAUGAAAGUCACAGACUGCUGCAUCACUCUGAAGGUGUCUCCCACCAUGUGUGCAGAGGAGCUAACCAACCAGGUUCUGUACAUGCGGAAUGUCCCAGCUGGAGAACGAGAUGUUUGGAUGACCUUUGAGGCCAUCGAGGAUGGACAGCUGGAGCGUCCCUUACACCCUAAAGAGAAGGUUCUGGAGCAGGCCCUGCAGUGGUGCAAGAUGGCCAACCCGAGCUCCGCCUACCUGGUAGUGAAGAGGGUUCCUCAAGGAGAGGGGAUCCAGCUCCUCACCUCGUAUAAGAGCGAGACCAUGAAGAUCGGUCUGCUGAGAUGCCGUGAGGAGCCUCCAAAGCUCCUUCAGGGGACCAGGUUCCAGGAAAGAACGUUCCAGAUCCGAAACCACAAACUGCUGCUACUGAAGGACAGGAAGAGCAUCAAGCCAGAGAAGGAGUGGUUCCUGAAGUCCAUGAAGAUCUACAUCGGCAUCCGCAAGAAACUGAAGGCUCCGACCAGGUGGGGCUUCACCGUGAUGUCGGACAAACAUCAGCUGUUCCUGUGCUGCAGCAGUGAGGCUGAACUCUGGGACUGGGUCACCAGCUUCCUCAAAGCUCAGAACGACGACCCGGGUCUCCCGGUGAUGCGCCGCCACUCUCUGUCAGAAAUCUCCAAACAGAAGUUCGGCACGAUGCCGCUGGUUCCGAUCAGAGGAGUGGAGACCAACAGCAGCAUGCUGUCAGCCAAUCAGACGCUGAGGAAGCUGCACGACAGGCGGACGCUCUCCAUGUACUUCCCCAUGAAGGUCCAGCGAGACUCCUUUGAGGAGCGCUCAGAGUCUCCGGACCUCCCUGAACCGCUCUACGAGGAGGUGGGAGACUUUGGCCUGCAGGUUCUGAGAUCACUGGAGACCAGCUUCCUGACCAGCAGCACCGCAGAGACCCAUGAGGCCCCAGACCUGCCGCCCCUCAGGCUGGUUCUUUCGGAAAACAGCCGUGUGGACCACAUGAGCGACCUCGAGGCGGAUCAGACUGGCCAGGAGUCGCAGGAGCAGAGCGGCGGUGAGGGGGUCGGAGGAGGCAAUGGAACCGGGCCCGAACCCGACCUCCAGCUGGCUGUGAGGAGGAGGCAGCAGUCGGGAGUCUGCACACCAUCUCAGGAGCUGCUCCUCCAGCAGCUGUCUUCAGCCUUCAGCAGGAGCACGGAGGAGGAGCAAGAGGAGGCCCCCUACGACGUUUGAGGAGCACACAACAUCGUUCUCCUGAAGCUGAAGUUAUUUUCAGGAUUGGACUGAGAGCUGGGUCAGGAGAACCUCCCGCUCUUCAUCAGUCUGACCAUGCUCUGCUGGGUCCAGUGUGGAUCUUGAGACAUUCCACCUCGGACUCUCAGAAUUUAAAUCCGACACGCUGGUCGCUGAUGCCGGUCUGAAGUUUUCUUCUCAUCACAACAGAAAGGUCAUGCUAAAGGAGCGCAGCGAGCCUCCACCUGUCUGGAACUCCGCCGCAGCUCCGCCUGAGUGUGGCAGAAACAUCUUCACCAACCCCCUGAUCGGGUUCUGCAGACAAAGGACGUCUGCUGGACGCCUCGCCACCAACCUCAAAGGAAGCUGAUGAAACCCUGUUCUGUCGUCUUCAUCAUCCUCUUUAUCUUUGCUGCUGUUCUUCACUCAUCAUCACUUCCUUCAGCUCAUGUCUCACUGUUUUUGUAACUUUCACUUCUCUGCUUGAUUCGUUUUUUUCUCUUUCUUUUUCAUUUUUGCUUUUAUGGAAAAGUUCAAACCAAACCAGAAUGUGUAAGCACAGUUCUAUGGUGGCUCCAGAGGGACAAAACUAUGUAAAGAUGGAAAAAAAUGCCAAUAAAUAAUUUAAUGAAAUUUUA